CCCCCCCACACAAACCAGUAUAAAGCUGCAGGUUGGCUGCACAAUGGGCUGUUGGAAAGUUCUCCUGCUCCCCAGGAUCUUCCUCUCACUGUGCAGGUAGAGCGGCUCUUUUCUCUCCUCAGCUUAUGCUCCUCAUCUUAUUCUAUAGAAUUCUCAUGCACACUCACUCUUACAUAGGCUUUUAUUUGUGUUUUUAAUGAAUAACUACUGUAUUUUCUGGCUUAGUAUUUCCUUUCUGUAUUUAGUGCAUCAGGAGACCAUGGGACCAUCCAGCAUCUGCCUUGUGGCUCUGCUUUCCCUACUGAUCCCGGCUCACUCGGCCCCUGAUCCCACCCUGGACACUCACUGGCAGCUGUGGGUUAAAACUCACCAGAAGAGCUAUAAGGAUGGGGAAGAGGAACGUGCAAGACGGACCAUCUGGGAGGAGACACUGAAAUUUAUCACAGUCCAUAACUUGGAAUAUUCCUUGGGGCUCCACACUUAUGAGGUUGGGAUGAACCAUCUGGGAGAUAUGACAGGUGAGGAGGUGGCUGCAACAAUGACAGGUUACACCGACUCAGGGGAUUCAUUGGACAAUGUGGUCCACGUACCCAAAGAGAUACUAGAGGCUCUGCCGCCGGCAUCAAAAGACUGGAGAACCAAAGGCUGUGUCACCCCUGUGAGAAGCCAGGGAUCAUGCGGAUCUUGUUAUGCCUUUGGUGCCGUGGGGGCCCUGGAAUGCCAAUGGAAAAGGAAAACGGGCAGACUGGUCACAUUCAGCCCCCAGGAACUGGUGGAUUGUUCAUACACUGUAGGAAACAAUGGCUGCAAAGGGGGAGGUUCCAAUGCCUCCUUCACAUACAUGAAGAAAUAUGGCGUUAUGGAGGAAUCUGCUUACCCAUAUACAGGAAAGGAGGCACAGUGUAAAAAGGAGAAGCCAAGUAAUGUUGGAGUAGUAAAGCAGUUCUACAGACUCCCUACUGGCAAUGAAGUUCUUCUAAAGAAAGCUGUGGGAACCGUAGGACCUGUGUAUGUUGCCAUAGAUUCCAGUCGUCAAGGGUUCCGUAUGUACAAGUCAGUUUUAGAACACAUGGCGUGCAGAGUAUGGGCCAGCAUGUUCCAAAAGGAAAAUGGAAGUUGGAAGAAGAAGGGCCCUGUGAGGAACCUGAAAGGUUAAACAUAUGGCUGAAUGUUAGGGGGGUAUAAGGUAUGUGGCACAGGACUGAGGGCCUUGUAAAGCAACACUGCAAGAAGUGUACUUUUUAGAAGCUUAGUUAAUUUAUUUUUAUAUCAGGGUUUCUAAAGGAGAAAUAUCCAGUACCAAGCAGUAGCCAAGAAAAGCACUAGAUGAAUUAGAGAUCAUGGGCAACUUGUAAGCCAACAUAGCAACAGAACAUUUACAGGGCUAGGCUAAGCUUUAUACCAUUACAGCAUUAGAACUAUCACAGGGCUAGGCUAAGCUUUAUGCCAUUACAGCAUUAGAACUAUCACAGGGCUAGGCUAAGCUUUAUGCCAUUACAGCAUUAGAACUAUCAGAGGGCUAGGCUAAGCUUUAUGCCAUUACAGCAUUAGAACUAUCACAGGGCUAGGCUAAGCUUUAUGCCAUUACAGCAUUAGAACUAUCACAGGGCUAGGCUAAGCUUUAUGCCAUUACAGCAUUAGAACUAUCACAGGGCUAGGCUAAGCUUUAUGCCAUUACAACAUUAGAACUAUCACAGGGCUAGGCUAAGCUUUAUGCCAUUACAGCAUUAGAACUAUCACAGGGCUAGGCCAAUCUGAGUCCAAUAAAAAAUUUCAAAGGAAUGGCCCAAUCUAUAGAGAAUUGUAUCCUUAGAACUAUCACAGAGCUAGAUCAAUCCAUAGCCAAUCAAGGCAGUAAGACAAAUACAGGGCUAAACCAACCUGUAUCCACAUAGCAUUAGAAUUUUCUAAGGCCUCGACUGACCAGAAACAAACCAUUACUAAUGUAAUUGCGCUAGUGUUAACCACAUGCAACGUUAGAACUUUUACAGGACCUGACCAGCCUGUGAUUAGUAAUAGCCAAGGUCCCUCUUACUUUAUAACACUAAUUAACUCAGGGAAAUCUAUUCCUUCACAGAAGCCUCUAUUCAAUGCGUUAGAAUUAUUUUGCACUAGUUAAUAUUUAUUUUUCCUGUUAAAAGUGAGAAUGCUGAAGCCAUAUAGCAAGUUCCCUUUCCUCGUGCCAUCGCAGUUAUCUCACUUAAGGCUACUUUUGACAACCAUAAGCAGAACUGCUGUCUUCCUAUGAAAUAGGCUGAUCAAUACCAGCAGCCACUAGCCUUCGCUCUCUUAGGGGGUUAUGUAAUAAAAGGCCCAAGUGCAGUAACCCAUAGCAAACAAUCAGCAAGUAAAAUGCACUGGUCACCCGUUUAAAAGCAAAGAUGUUAUUGGUUGCUAAGGGCUACUGCUACUGGGAAAACUUAGUGCAUAUUAUUACAUAUGGGGGAUUUUUCUCAUUCUUUACACAAUGGUGGAGACCCUAAUUAAUUGAGGUUGAAGUUGAGUACUUUUGCAAAUUUUUAAAAGUGCCAUUCCAUAAAUCAACAAGAUUGCAAGGUGCAAAAUGCCACUAACAGUAGAAGAUUUAUCAAUACAGGUAUGGGAUCUGUUAUCCAGAAUGCUUGGGACCUGGUGUUUUCCAGAUAAGGGUCCAUAAUUUGGAUCUCCAUACUUAAAGUCAACUGAAAAAGCAUUGGGUAAUUAUAUCUUAGUUGGGAUCAAGUACAGGUACUGUUUUAUUAUUACAGAGAAAAGGGAAUCAUUUAACCAUUAAAUAAACCCAAUAGGGCU